GAAACACCUUGUCGAAACCCGUCGCGGUGCCCUCUCAUCAAGCAAAUCCCCCCUCUGCGCCUUUUAAGUUCGCACUUGCGCAGUACCAUUCUUACACUCGCCUUUUCUCCGGUUACAACUCUUCGCAACAAUGGCUGGCCGAUUCGUGCGCGCUUCCAAGUACCGUCACGUCUUUGGCAAAGGAACGAAAAAGGAGCAAUGCUACGAUAACCUCCGCAUCUCCAGAAAUGCUUGGGAUACCAACCUGAUCAAGGCCAAUCCGGAAUACAUUUCAGUCAACUGGGAAUCCAGCGGUGGUGGUGCUUUUGCUGUCAUCCCAAUCAACGAGCGAGGCCGCGCCCCCGACCAGCUUCCUCUCUUCCGCGGCCACACAGCUGCUGUCCUCGACACCGACUGGAGUCCUUUCAAUGACUCGCUCAUCUCCUCGGCCUCUGACGACGGCAAGGUCUUCAUCUGGAAGGUGCCCGAAAACUUCACCUUGUACACGGAUGCAGAGGAGCCCGCCGAUGUCGCGCCUGUUGCGAAGCUUAGCGGCCACAUGAGGAAAGUUGGCCACGUCCUCUUCAACACGGCUGCCGAGAACGUCCUUGCUAGUUCAUCUGGCGACUACACUGUAAAGGUCUGGGACGUUGAGGCUGGUACGCCGCAGCUUACUCUCAAGCACAAUGACAUUGUGCAGUCGCUUUCCUGGAGCGCCGAUGGAUCCAUGUUGGUCACUACAAGCCGCGACAAGAAGCUGCGCAUAUGGGAUGUGCGUCAGGAAAAGCCUGCCCAGGAAGUGCCCGGUCACCCUGGCGCAAAGAACAGCCGCUGUGUAUGGAUGGGCGAAACUGACCGUAUCGCGACCACGGGUUUCUCGCGCAUGAGCGAUCGUCAGCUCGGUCUCUGGGACCCGCGCAACCCCAAGGAGCCUAUUGGCGGCUUCCAGAUUCUCGAUUCCAUCUCUGGUGUCUGCAUGCCCUUCUGGGACGACGGCACCCAGUGCUUGUACCUUGCUGGAAAGGGUGACGGCAACAUCCGCUACUACGAAUACGAAAACGACAAGUUUGAGUACCUCUCCGAGUACAAGUCCGGCGACCCACAGCGCGGUAUUGCCUUCCUUCCCAAGCGGGGUAUCAACCUGCACGAGAACGAAGUCCUCCGCUGCUUCAAGACCGUCGCCGAUGCCUACGUCGAGCCCGUAUCCUUCAUCGUCCCCCGCCGAUCCGAGAUGUUCCAGAGCGACAUCUACCCGCCUACGACUGGUCUCAAGGCUGGUGUCUCCGCCAAGGAGUGGUUUGGCGGUAAGACCGCGAUGCCCCCCAAGAUCUCGCUCGAGAGCGUGUACGAAGGUGAGGCGCCAAAGGAGGUGGAGAACGACUACAAGCCACAGCAGAUGUCGCCUGUCAAGGCUGAGCCGCCCAAGCCGGCACCUGAGCCUACACCCAUUGCUUCUCGUGGCCCUCCCCCAGCAAUGAAAGACCACAAGGACUCGAUGGCGUCAGCAGCUUCCAAGUUCGCUGACAAGGACGAGGCAUCGGACAACGAAAGCGCUUCAAGUUUUGAGGAGAUUCCGAAGCCAGCGGACCGCCGCACGUUUACUGCCGCACGACAGGAAGAGAAGACCAGGGGCCCCGUCAUGACCAAAGAGCCCGAGGCAGUCAAGCCAACUCCUACUCAUACCCCUACACCAUCCGUAUCCAGGUCUGCCGCACCCGCAGCAUCUUCCCCCGCCUCCACCACUGCGUCUACCUCGACACCCAGCUCUGGCGGCCCCGCCACUGCCCUUCGUGAUGCCUUGGGUGAUAUCAAGUCCCAGCUUGAGCAGCAGAACAAGGUCAUGUCAGACCAAUCUGACCAGAUUGCAAUCCUGCUCCGAGAGGUUUCUCAUCUCAAGAGCAAGGUCGCUGCUGCGGAACCUUCUGAUCGCGAAAAGGACGAGCGCAUCAGGCAGCUUGAGCUUGAGCUUGAGGAGGCCAGGUCUUGA